AUGAAGUUCAGACUCGAGAAGUCCGUUGAGCUCCGAACCAUCUACAUCAAAGAUGGCGGUGUCUUGGUAUUUAUGGACGGUCCCGGGGAAAUUUUCCUCUCGGUAGAGUUCAUCCACAUAGAGAACCAGGGGGCGCUGCACAUAGGCAGCGAAUCAUGUCGCCACAGAGGAAACGCGACAAUUUUGUUUCGGGGCAAGUCUUACGAUAAGGAUUACGAUGAGGAAUGUGGCAAGAAAGGCUUGUGUGUGGCUGCUGGUGGUAUCCUGGAAAUACACGGCAAGGAAAAGCUCUCCUGGACAUUCCUAGACAAAACGCUUUGGAAAGGCCAGCACGAGAACACUAUCACUUUAGCCGAUGACGUCACUUCAUGGGAAGUUGGCGAUAGGCUAAUCAUCAGCAGCACAGACAACGACAUGCAUCAUGCCGAAGAGUUUAUCACCGUACCGUGCAGUCAUUGCUCACCAAAUCAAGUCAAGAUUCAGGGCCUGGUGAAGUACAACCACUACGGUGACCAUUACAAAGGCAUUGAUAUGAGGGCAGAGGUUGGUAUAUUGACCAGAAAUGUGAGGACUCGUGGGGACAUGGAACCUUAUUGUUAUGGUCAGAAUUGGUGCCAGUACUUCACAUACGACACCUUUGGGGGACAUUUGAUGUUUUUAAGGGGAUUCGAGAGAGUACAUCUACAGGCUUUCGAAGUGAAACACAUGGGACAGCAAGCCAAUCUGGGACGCUACCCUGUCCACUUCCACGAUGUCGGCGAUCUGGCCGACACCAAAACUUACUACCCCGACAGCGCUUACGUCAAGGAUCUGUCUAUUCAUCACUGCUAUAAUCGAUGUGUCACAGUUCACGGAACCAGCAGUCUGACGGUGUCCAAUGUUGUCGGGUAUGACACACUUGGUCAUUGUUUCUUCCUGGAAGACGGUAACGAGCAGAACAAUACGUUCCACCACAACCUUGGUCUGGUCACACAGGCCAGCACCCUGUUACCCACGGACCGGAACAAGCACAUGUGCAUGGCCAUUCUGGGAGCGGUGUGGCCCGGAUACAUGCCCGCUGCACAUGAGUGCACGGCAGUUUCUACAUUCUGGAUAGCACAUCCCAAUAACAACUUCAUUGAGAAUGCCGCUGGAGGCAGUGAGGAAGCCGGAUUUUGGUUCAUCUUCCACGAGAAACCAACAGGCCAUGGUCCCGGUUCACUGCCUCCAUUCAAAGCCCUCCGUACACCGAUGGGAAAGUUCUCUAAGAAUAGGGUGCAUUCAAGCAAUUAUGGAGUCUACAUAGAUGACGGGGUGAAGCCUUCUGAAGCCAACAAGUACAAACCACAAGAAUAUCUCAGUAGACAGAUGGCUGAGUACAUGCCCCAUAAGAAUUCAGACGUGAUGAAACCGAGAUCACCUGCCAUGAUAGAGAAACUGACUUCCUACAAAAACAACUUCGGCCUGCGCGCCAGAGGAGGGGACAUUUACGUGGUGGAUUCGCAUUUCGCGGACAAUGGUCAGAGUGUGGAAUUCUCCAGUUCCAAGUCGUUUCCUUAUGACGCUGGAUCACAUCAAGAAAUCGCCCAUUCCCUGAUCGUCGGUCAGAGUGACAAUGGCCAUCAUUGGGGCGGUCGUCGACGGCGGGACGCGCCCUUCAACAUGACAAAGAUCCAUGAUCACUGGCACGACCGUCGGCGGCUGGAGACGUCCUACAACAUGACGGAGAUGUCUGGGAAUGACACAUACAAGAUGCUUAUGAACGAGACCGACACAAACCAUAUCAUAGCGGAAAGGGCCGAUGUUGGGUUGACACACGCUGCCUCCAGGAUGACAGGUGUGGACAUUCAGGAAGGGCCAGUCAUCAUCAAAGACUGCCAUUUUGCUGACUUCUGGUCUAACAAUGUGGCCAUUACGUUCUCCAGGCGAACCCCGGGCCAGAUGAGCGUACUGAAUGCAGCGUCCAAACUGAAAUUCGGACAUCACAUAAAUCGAUUUUCACUCGGUCCAUACCCAAACUCAGACGGUGACCAGACUCGACUCGUACAUGAUCGCGACGGCAGCCUGCUUGGAUAUACCGACAGUUACAUCGUAAACAAGAACAACUGGCUCACGAGGCACAUCGGUUGCAUGGAAAACUGGGACUGUAAAUGUGUCAUUUGCAAAGGAAAAUACGGAUCGUUGUUUAUCCGAGCCAAUCCCGAACACUACAAGACCUUGAAGAUUUGGCGUCAUGAAGUGCCAGAGAAACCGUUAUCCCUUGCCGGGGUCGUCAUGGGUACUGGGGCCAUGCAGAGAGUGGAGUACCACCCUAACAUCAUCCGAAACAAAGGCUAUCUGCUCUCCUGGGACUGGGACCUACCCCACGACAUUGUCGUCUACCCUGUAGCCUUUGACAAAGGAGACUAUGCAAGCAUAGGACUUUGUAUUAAGGACCUCCAUGCCUUUUCUGUGUUCUGGGAGCUAGAGAAGAGGGGAUGUGGCAACAGUACUGUGAUUGUCAAGUCUGAACGUUACCUCGAAGGGAACUCUUGGGAAGAAAUGAAUUCAAUGACAAACCGGUUCUUCGUUGACUCCGAAACUGGAAUGCUGUUUUUCAAAGUGACGGCGAGGUACGGGCGCACUGGUUAUGACUACUGUUCUGAGAAGGGAUGCGAACGUCUUCACUUUACAUACCGCGGGUCGUCCCCCAUGCAGGAUUGCAUCUGGAAGACGUUCACAAAAUACAAAUGGUCUGAUGUUCCUGGAAAGACCGUGCCAAACCUGACUGUGAGGAAAUCUGGGACGCAUCCAGCGGGUCACGAUACCCCAGGCCAACUGAGGCCACACACUGGCUACCCUACUUGGAGCCAAACCACAAAAGCCACCACGUUUUGGUCUAUGAUGACGCCGACAGUUACGUUUACCACGGAUGAAGUGUCCCUCCCAUUAUCAUCAUGGCCUCCGAGAAUAACGGGAUCUCUGUGGACGACGCCCCUAGUGCGCCGUGUCACAACUGGCACCGCGUCACGGCACAGCGGAGGUCUGAAAACAGUAAAACCCCGCAAACACCCUUCCAGGGUGAAGGAAGCUGACGCCCAGAACCCGUAUAUGUCUCAACAAACUACAUUCCCAUGGCGAAAUAGAGGCCGUAUUCAAAACCCAUACAUUUGA